AUGUUUGUCGAAGAAUGGGCCAAGGCUAAUGGUUACAACGUGCACAACCAAGGCAUCACACCUUGGCGCCGUGAGUACAUGUCCAACUUGGUCAACGCUUUCGACUUUGACAACCCUGACUACUCCAAGACCACCAUCACUGAGGUUCCUAGCCCUGAGAAGCCCAAGAAGAAGCGAGACACCCUGGAAAUCAGAUCGGGUGGUGAUCUCGGUGACUACACUGGCCCAUGGGUUGGCCCUGCCAAGUGCCAGUCUGACUAUGCCGCCCCAUUGCCUCCUGUCCCUUACGGCAAGGCCAACGCCGAGCAGGACUUGAAAAAGAUUGUUUAG